UGGCACCCCAAGCCAAGCUGCGGCUCCCCACAGCACAUCGCACCUUUGCCAUCCCAGCGCUGAACCAGCAUUAAUCCUGAUUCUUUUCUCCCAACCUCUCCAAGUCGAACCAAACCAGCAGUCCCUCAAGAUCACCUUCAGUUUAUGCGUCCAUCAUGGACAAGGACCUGGACGGUCGCUUCGAGCGGCUGGAGAAAGCACUCGGAAACAUGAUUGAUGGCCUUGCGAAAAACAAUCCGUCCGAGAAGGUCGCCGAGGAACUCCUUGCCGCUGAAAAUGACUUGUUUGAUGCGCUGAAACUCCUUGAAAAACACCAGAACAACAACGCACGGAUACAACAGCUGCGACAGGAGACCGCGCGCUACGACACCCAGAUCAAGGACAUUGCCAGCUCUCUCUGGAACAUGCGGAAGGAGUUAAAAGCCGUCCCUGUCACCGCAAACCCUCCGAGCGGCAAGAAAAACCAGUUCACCACCGCCGAGCUCCUCGCCUACGCCCGCCGUAUCAGCCGCAACACCCUUCCCCUUCCAGGGGUCACCAAUGGCGUCGACAUGAGCACAACAGCGCCUCCGACUCAGUCCGCCGAUCCAGAGGACUCGUUCCGCCUACAAUCUCAACCAUCACAGACACGAACACCGAACACGAGCUUCAACCUGAGCUUCAGCGGCGCGGUCGGCACCCCCGGCGGGCCCACCAACACGCCGACGCCCAAUACCGCAAACGACACGCAACCGACCACCCAGCCUUCCCCCUCCCAACCGCCAAAGACAGCCACCGAGGACCGACUGCCCCAACACCUCAAACCGGCCAUCAACCCCCUCCACGACGCCGCGUUCCACCCCUGGCCGACAGAAGCCCAGAUCCGUUCGGGCGCGCUCGCCGCGAUCCAGCGGCUCGUGGACGCGGGGAUCGACCCGAAGGGGUACGACCCGGAGGAGGAGGAGCGCAAGCGCAAGGCGGAGGAGCAGGCGCGCCGGGAGGCGGAGGAGCGGGCGCGGCAGGAGCGCGAGGCCGCCGAGCGGCGCGCGCGCGAGGAGCGGGAGCGCAUGGCGAGGGAGCGGGAGCUGGCGCGGCAGCGGGAGGGCGAGGCCGCAGCCGCCGGCGGGCUUGAGCGGAGGGAUAGCGUCGCCGUCGGCCGGGCGAAGCCCAAGCAGUUCACCUUCCUGGGUGCCGACGACGACGACGACGACGACGAAGACGACUGAACAUAUUAGACCCUCGGGACUGGCGGGGCU